CGAAAAUCACGAGGGCAACAACAAAAGACUCACCUUCCACCAUUCAUGCAUCGCGGUACGAGUUCUUACUGUUCCAUCUCCAAAUCGAAAACAAAGUUUCAACAACAAUCGGGCAUUAAUCACAACAGAGAUACUCAUCGAAGAAGGAUGAGUGCUUCAGCUGCGACAGUGAUGCCUACUAAUCACCUCUCGGGGGACGGGCAAACCGGUAGUCCUUCCACCGUUGCUGCCGCAUUGCCCCUCACGACCAAUAUGACAGCCUCAUCCUUGACGAGUGGUGGGAAUUCUUGUUUGGAUGAACAAAUCGAACGCUUGAAACGGUGUGAAUACCUAAGAGAAGGAGAGGUGAAGGCUCUUUGCUUAAGGGCCCGGGAAAUUCUUGUAGAUGAAUCCAAUGUCCAGAGAGUUGAUGCUCCGGUUACGGUAUGUGAAACAUAGCUAGGCCAUUAAAGUUAGGGUUAUUAUGAAGAACGAUAAACUGUGUUUUCUCAUCCCACCUGUUGUUUCCCUCAUGAAUUUCUCCGUUUUGUAUUGCUUCGCCAACCAAACGCAAUAACUUUUGGACCACCAAACAAUAAAGAUAUGCGGCGACAUUCAUGGACAGUUCUACGAUCUUGUCGAGCUUUUCAAGGUAGGGGGCGAGUGUCCCGACAAGAAUUAUUUGUUUUUGGGAGACUUCGUCGAUCGAGGAUAUUACAGCGUAGAAACCUUUUUAUUAUUACUGGCUUUAAAGGUUCGGUACCCCGAUCGUAUAACCCUGAUUAGAGGAAAUCACGAGAGUCGGCAAAUUACGCAAGUUUAUGGAUUUUACGAUGAGUGCUUGCGAAAAUAUGGGUCGGUAAAUGUAUGGCGGUAUUGUACGGAAAUCUUUGAUUAUUUGAGCUUGUCUGCUAUCAUAGAAGACAAAAUAUUUACUGUCCACGGGGGAUUAAGUCCUAGCAUUAAUACCCUGGAUCAAAUUCGUGUUAUUGAUCGUAAACAAGAAGUUCCACAUGACGGUGCCAUGUGUGAUCUGAUGUGGAGUGACCCCGAAGAAAUCGAUGGCUGGGGUCUUUCACCACGAGGAGCCGGAUACCUUUUUGGGGGAGAUAUUGUUAGCAUGUUCAAUGAACGAAACGACUUGGAUUUGAUCGCAAGAGCUCAUCAGCUUGUUAUGGAGGGACACAGAAGUAUGUUUAACGAUGCAUUAGUGACGGUUUGGAGUGCACCCAACUACUGUUACCGGUGCGGUAACGUGGCGGCUAUUUUGGAAUUGGACGAAAACCUUGAUCGAUCUUUCAAGAUAUUUGAUGCUGCUCCACAAGAAGCGCGGGGUGUGCCAAUCAAAAAUCCUCCUCCUGACUACUUCCUGUAGAAUAAAAAACUGUGUACUUCAAUAGAAGAGUUGGGCGGCCAGAAUCAACGUGUGUAAACAGUUUUAACCAACCAAUUAUCGUUUGAUCAGAAUCAUUGGCUAUGUCAGUAUCGUUAUGUCUAUAGUACACUUUGUUUUAUUUCAAAGCUAGCGGAGGUACGUGUAAUAUCUCAUUGCCUAUUGUUUAUAUCAAGGCAAAAAAAUCAGUUGCGUACAGAGGGAUUCCUGGGUACGUCCUUGGACCUCACUAACCCACCAGGCAUUUCAUGAUGCAGUAGGAAAAUCUUUCAACGCGUGGACCAAGGCUUUCGAAACCAUCCUGGUCUUGAACUCGAGACUGUGUCUGCGUCGAGAGGUCGACUUUGCUCCCGAUUGGUGCUUCCACCACCACCUCUGAUAAGUUGUUUCUUUUCUUCUUCUUCUUCUUCCUCGGUUAGCGAUUUGCGCUUCUCUGGUAGCAGCUCAGGGAAAAUGGCCAAGAAAUGAUUUCCUGAUUC